AUGUGCCUUUUAUGCAACAAAGUUUUGGGCAAUGACGCUAUGAAACCAUCUAAACUCCAAGAUCAUCUGAGAAUUUGCCACCCUGAUAAAACAGAGAAAGAUUUGAAAUACUUUCAAACACUCAAAGAUAAAUUUCAGAAGAGACCUAUACUGGACAGAAUGUUCGCUUCGACGACACAAAGAAAUGAUGAUGGUUUGCGGGCGUCUUACAAUAUCUCGUUACUUAUAGCAAAAUCCGAAAAACCGCAUACCAUCGGAGAGAAGUCAAUUUUGCCAGCCGUUGAAGAGGUUUUAAAAACUGUUUUACACAAACCUGCAUCUGAUAUCAUUAAAAGAAUUCCCUUAAGCAACAAUACUGUUGAAAGACGUAUUGAUGAAAUGAGUUCUGAUAUUGAAAGCUUCUUAUGUAAUUAUUUGCAAUUGACCCAUUUCUCUAUACAACUGGACGAGUCAACUUUACCUGAUAAUACAGCAUUAUUAUAG